AUGUUACGUACUUGGUGUCCCGAUAGCCCUGGCAUCGCUGUAUCUGACAAGCCGACCGAGGAGCACAACAAACCACAUCCGCGAAUGCAUUGCCUAGCGCAACUGCACGCAAACGCUCCCCAAACGAGACUCGGCACGACGCAGACUGCACUACCGUCUCCUAGUCAUACGGUCCGGCACGCAGCAUCCCACCGGCAGCCGAUCAAUCCCCGACAACCAGCCGAGGCAAAUCCCGACGCGAUCGUGCCAACAUUGUCUGACGAACCGGCAUCUCAAUCCCGAAUACCCCCCUUUAGCCACUACCUUAAUAAUCGCUCAUUACCUCUUCUUUACAGCCGGUCGUACUAUCCUGAACAGCCCGAAUUUGCCGGACACCAGCCAGUGACGCCCUCCGCCCGAAGCCGAUUCGCGCGGCGGCGGGAGAGGCGUAUUGGCGUGCAGGCUGGGCGACGGGGGGCGAAACAGGCUAAAUCGGGGGGUAUUCACCCGGGGCGCGGGUGA